GGGGCCCCGCCUCGGCCGCCCUCCGCGCCUCGUGCUCCCGGCGACCGUGCACGCCGCACGCGUGCGCUCGCGGCUGGCGGGCAGCGCGCCAUGGCGAUGGAUCAAUUGAACGCGCUGUGCGAGCAGCUGGUGAAAGCCGUGACGAUCAUGAUGGACCCCAGCUCCACCCAGCGCUACCGGCUGGAGGCCCUCAAGUUUUGUGAGGAGUUUAAAGAAAAGUGCCCUAUCUGUGUCCCCUGUGGUUUGAGGCUGGCCGAAAAAACACAGAUCGCCAUAGUCAGACAUUUUGGCCUUCAGAUCCUGGAACAUGUUGUCAAGUUUCGGUGGAACAGCAUGUCUCGAUUGGAGAAGGUCUAUCUGAAGAACAGUGUCAUGGAGCUGAUUGCAAACGGCACACUGAACAUUUUGGAAGAGGAGAAUCACAUUAAAGACGUUUUGUCUCGCAUUGUAGUGGAAAUGAUCAAACGGGAGUGGCCCCAGCACUGGCCUGACAUGCUUGUAGAAUUGGACACUCUUUCCAAACAAGGGGAAACGCAGACAGAAUUAGUGAUGUUCAUCCUUCUGCGACUGGCAGAGGAUGUAGUGACCUUCCAGACACUACCCCCUCAAAGAAGAAGGGAUAUCCAGCAAACCUUAACACAGAACAUGGAGAAAAUCUUCAGUUUUCUACUUAACACACUCCAAGAAAAUGUGAACAAGUAUCGGCAAAUGAAAGCAGAUAGUUCUCAGGAGUCAAAGGCCCAGGCAAACUGUCGUGUAGGAGCCGCGGCACUGAAUACUCUGGCCGGCUACAUUGACUGGGUGUCCAUGACUCACAUCACUGCUGAGAACUGUAAACUCUUGGAGAUGCUGUGCCUGCUUCUCAAUGAGCAGGAGCUGCAGUUGGGAGCAGCUGAGUGUCUGCUCAUUGCAGUCAGCAGGAAAGGCAAGUUGGAAGACCGGAAGCCCUUGAUGGUCUUAUUUGGCGACGUGGCCAUGCAUUACAUUCUGUCUGCGGCACAGACUGCUGACGGAGGAGGCCUGGUAGAGAAACACUACGUCUUUCUGAAGAGACUGUGUCAGGUGUUGUGUGCUCUGGGCAGUCAGCUGUGUGCAUUGCUGGGUGUGGAUUCUGAUGCAGAAACACCAGCUAACUUUGGAAAAUACCUGGAAUCUUUUCUUGCUUUCACAACCCAUCCGAGCCAGUUUCUCCGCAGCUCCACGCAGAUGACCUGGGGGGCCCUCUUCCGCCACGAAAUCCUGUCCCGUGAUCCUGUGCUGUUAGCCAUAAUCCCAAAGUAUCUCCGGGUUUCUAUGACGAACUUGGUCAGGAUGGGCUUUCCUUCUAAAACAGACAGCCCUAGUUGUGAAUAUUCUCGGUUUGAUUUUGAUAGCGAUGAAGACUUCAAUGCUUUCUUCAACUCCUCCCGGGCCCAACAAGGAGAAGUCAUGAGAUUAGCAUGUCGUUUAGAUCCCAAGACUAGUUUCCAAAUGGCUUCCGAGUGGCUAAAGUAUCAGUUAUCAACUGCCAUUGACACUGGAUCCGCGAACUCUGGAACUGGAGAAGGUAGCUUCUGCUCCAUGUUCUCACCUUCAUUUGUGCAGUGGGAAGCCAUGACCUUAUUUUUGGAAAGUGUGAUCAACCAGAUGUUUCGAACAGUAGAUAAAGAAGAACUUCCUGUUAAUGAUGGGAUAGAGUUAUUGCAGCUGGUCCUGAACUUUGACACCAAGGAUCCCCUCAUUCUGUCCUGUGUCCUCACUAAUGUCUCAGCACUCUUUCCGUUUGUCACUUACAGACCAGAGUUCCUGACCCAGGUCUUCUCUAAGCUAUUUUCAGCUGUCACUUUUGAAACUGUUGAAGAAAGUAAGGCCCCCAGGACGAGAGCCGUGAGGAAUGUGAGGAGGCACGCCUGUUCCUCCAUCAUCAAGAUGUGCCGCGACUACCCUCAGCUUGUGCUGCCCAAUUUUGACAUGCUUUAUAACCACGUGAAACAACUCCUGUCCGACGAGCUGCUGCUGACACAGAUGGAGAAGUGCGCGCUCAUGGAGGCCCUGGUUCUCAUCAGCAACCAGUUCAAGGACUACGAGCGCCAGAAGGUGUUCCUCGAGGAGCUGAUGGCGCCUGUGGCCACCAUCUGGCUUUCCGAGGAAAUGCACAGGGUGCUGUCAGACAUUGAUGCUUUCAUUGCCUUUGUGGGUGCAGACCAGAAGGGCUGCGACCCAAGCCUGGAGGAUCCUUGUGGCUUAAACCGCGCACGGAUGAGCUUUUGUGUGUACAGCAUGCUGGGUGUUAUGAAGCGGACGUGUUGGCCCGCCGACCUCGAAGAGGCCAAGGCUGGGGGCUUUGUGGUGGGUUAUUCACCCAGCGGAAAUCCCAUUUUCCGCAACCCCUGCACAGAACAGAUCCUGAAACUUCUGGACAAUUUGCUUGCCCUUAUAAGAACGUACAAUACUUUGUAUGCACCAGAAAUGCUAGCCAAAAUGGCAGAACCUUUUGCAAAGACUCUGGAUAUGCUGGAAGCGGAAAAAUCUAUUAUUUUAGGCUUGCCUCAGCCGCUCCUGGAAUUGAAUGACUAUCCCGUGUACAAAACGGUCCUGGAGAGAAUGCAACGCUUCUUCUCCACCCUCUACGAAAACUGCUUCCACAUCCUCGGGAAGGCGGGCCCUUCCAUGCAGCAGGACUUCUACACCGUGGAGCACCUCGCUGCCCAGCUCCUCAGCUCGGCCUUCGUCAACCUGAACAAUAUUCCUGACUACCGGCUCCGCCCCAUGCUUCGGGUCUUCGUGAAGCCCCUGGUUCUCUUCUGUCCCCCGGAGCACUAUGAAGCCCUGGUGUCCCCCAUCGUGGGACCUCUUUUCACCUACCUGCACAUGAGGCUGUCCCAGAAAUGGCAGGUCAUCAGCCAGCGGAGCCUGCUGUGUGAAGAUGAGACUGCAGACGACAACCCAGAGUCCCAGGAGAUGCUGGAGGAACAGCUGGUGAGGAUGUUGACGCGAGAAGUCAUGGACCUCAUCACGGUAUGCUGUGUUUCAAAGAAAGGUGCGGACCACGCCGCCACGGCCGCCCCCGCUGCCGCCACCGCCACCGCCGCUGCCCCGGCCGCCCCUGCAGAAGGAGACGAUGAGGAGAUGAUGGCCACAGAGGUGGCCCCAGCAGCCACAGCGGAGCUUACAGACCUGGGCAAAUGUCUAAUGAAGCACGAGGAUGUCUGCACGGCGCUCCUGAUCACAGCCUUCAACUCCCUGUCCUGGAAGGACACCUUGUCAUGCCAGCGGACGAGCACUCAGCUCUGCUGGCCCCUUCUCAAGCAGGUGUUGUCAGGAACACUGCUUGCGGAUGCAGUCACGUGGCUUUUCACCAGUGUGCUGAGGGGCCUGCAGACACACGGGCAGCAUGACGGCUGCAUGGCGUCCCUGGUGCACUUGGCCUUCCAGAUCUACGAGGCCCUGCGACCCAGGUACCUGGAGAUCAGGGCUGUGAUGGAGCAGAUCCCCGAGAUUCAAAAGGAUGCCCUUGACCAGUUUGACUGCAAGCUUUUGAAUCCCUCCCUGCAGAAAGCCACUGACAAGCGCCGGAAGGACCAGUUCAAGCGCCUCAUCGCUGGUUGCAUCGGGAAACCCUUGGGAGAGCAGUUCCGGAAAGAAGUUCAUAUUAAGAAUCUCCCCUCACUUUUCAAGAAGACGAAGCCAGUGCUGGAGACGGAUGUUUUAGACAACGAGGAGGGUGGCCUGGCCACUAUCUUUGAACCCUGAAUCCAGCUUUGGGCAGCCUUCUUUGGCCUCUCUGGGUCAUCUCUUCCUCCCCUUCAUAGCUAAUCUCUAGGCCCCUCUCCUCACACCUCACUUUCCACUGUUUUCCGCCUGGUCGAGAUCCAGGCCGGGAACUGGAACGCGGGCCCCGUGCAGGGCCCUCAGGAACUAAAGGAUCAAGAGAGGGAGUUAGGGCUCAUACCUCUGGCUGCUUCUCCCGGGUAGCUCCCACCCUACCUGGAGUUUUGGCUUUUUCUAGAGAAACACUAGUGCAGAAAGCCCUUCUCCCCACGCACCUCUCCACCUCUCCGUACAGCCAUAGACAUGUCGAUCGGUAACUAGGGGUGCUGGACCCAACCUGCCGCUAGCCAGGCGUAGUAAGGGAUCAGCCCUGAACUGCUCGGACAGUUUGUCCUGGGCCCCCUUCGCAGAUGGGCUGGCGGCACAUUCACUACCCCCAGGGGCAUGACUGGCUCGCUGAGUCAGCCAGGUCACGUUUUGAGCCAGAAUCUGGUCACCCAGUGGGACUCAUGGUACAAGCUGCUGUUUAGCUCUGGGCAUGGUAUCAUGUAGAACCUUCAGAGGCCAGGGCUGGGCCAGGGGCUAGUGCCAAUUCCACUGAUCUCACCCU